ACAUAGCUAUCUUGAGUGGGUUCAAUGUCAUGUCUUAUUUCUCGCUCAAUGACUUGGCUACCAAAUUGCCUUUUUCUUUUUUUCUCUUUCUGAAUUUAAAGCAAGUUUAAACUUGAAACAAGAACUGAAUUCAGACUAACAAGAUUUAUACACGGCGGAUCACAUACAUAACGCGCCCACACGUAAACGGUUAGCGGUUGGGGGACGUUGGCUUGACCCUUCGAGGGAAAGAAGAUAAAAUGUUUGGGCACUCUCUCUUUUCAAAGCCACCGUCAGUCACUACCAAAUCGUCUGCCCAAAUUCCACCUUCAAUAAAGACCAACCAUUCGUUUACUAAUAAUAUGCUCUCAUCAUCUUUUGCUGCCAUGCAAUUUCAACCUCUCUUCUUUACUCACUCGUCUCCAGGCAAAAAACCCUCCAUUUCUAAAGCUAACUCACAAAAAACCAUCAACUAAAAUGGAGGGCACUAUCUUUCCCAAUAAACCAGUUUAUCCUAACCCACCAAAGAGAUCAACACAAUCAAGCAAGCCAGUGAAAUUCAGCUCAGUAACACCUCCUCUUCCUCCUCAAUCUCCCCAUUCACUGCCCCAAGACUCCCUCCUCCAACACCUUCUACACCUUUCUUCACCACCCAAUAGCUCUCAUGACCCAAAAACUAUUAAUCCCCGUAAAACCAACAAUUCCCAUUUCCCUUCUCUUCACAUUUCUUCAGAUUCUACUCAGAAACUUCACCAGCAAGUUAAUCCCAAGAAACCCACUCCAGUUUCAGUUCUUCAGUUUGAUGAAAGUAGAGAGGAAGGUCAAUCGACAGAUGGUUCUCUUGAAUUUUUGUCAAGAAAGGGUAUGCUUAUUCUUAAUUCCAUAAAGGAACAGCCUUUGAAUGCUUUGAAUGAUUUGUUUGAUUCUGUUAAGUUUGAGCUGCUUCAAAUCGAUACGUUUAGUUUAUUGAAAGCUUUAGACCUUUCUGGGGAUUGGGAAAGAGCUCUUUUGUUGUUUCAAUGGGUAGUUUCGAGCGUAGGGUCUGAUAAAGCUAAACUCGACACUCAGGUUGUUGAACUAAUGGUCAGAAUUCUGGAGAGAGAAUCGCAGGAUGCAAUUGUAUUGAAACUGUUUGAUUUGAUUCCCACUGAUGAAUAUUCGCUUGCUGUUCGAACUUAUACGACUAUUCUUCAUGCAUAUUCGCGCACCGGUAAGUACAAAAAGGCAAUUUCCAUGUUUGAGAAAAUGAAGGAGACAGGCCUUUCUCCUACGUUAGUCACUUAUAAUGUCAUGCUUGAUGUUUAUGGGAAGAUGGGUCGGUCUUGGAAUAAGAUUUUAGGACUUUUGGGUGAGAUGAGAUGCAAAGGACUCGAGUUUAAUGAGUUUACUUAUAGUACUGUGAUAGCAGCUUGUGGGAGAGAAGGAUUGUUGAAAGAAGCAAAAGAGUUUUUUGCUGGAUUGAAGUCGCAGGGCUAUGUGCCUGGGACAUUCACCUAUAAUGCUUUAUUACAAGUGUUUGUUAAGGCCGGGGUCUACUCAAAGGCUUUAAGCAUUUUUAAAGAAAUGGAGGAUAACAACUGCCCAGCUGACUCUGUGACAUACAAUGUUCUUGUAACUGCUUACUUGAGGGCAGGGUCUUAUGAGGAUGGGGCUGCAGUUAUUGAAACAAUGACAAAGAAAGGUGUAAUGCCAGAUGCUGUUACAUACACAACUCUCAUCCAUGCCUAUGGUAAAGCUGGAAAGGAAGACAAGGCUUUGAGAUUGUUUCAUAUGAUGAAAGAGUCAGGUUGUGCCCCUGAUGUGUAUACUUAUAACACUGUUCUUGGGAUGUUAGGGAAGAAGUUACGAUCUAAGGAGAUGAUAAAGAUACUCCUUGACAUGAAAGAAAGUGGAUGCUCCCCUAACCGUAUUACAUGGAACACAAUGCUUGCCAUGUGUAGUAAUAAGGGCAUGCACAAGUUUGUGAACCGAGUCUUGAGGGAAAUGAAGAGUUGUGGUUUUGAGCCUGAUAGAGACACAUUCAAUACUUUGAUUACUGCCUAUGGCCGAUGUGGAUUAGAAAUUGAUGCUACUAAAACGUACAGGGAGAUGAUUAGAGUAGGGUUCACACCAUGUGUUACGACUUACAAUGCUCUUCUCAAUGCUCUAGCUAGAACGGGGAAUUGGAAAGCAGCAGAAUCUGUCAUUCUAGACAUGAAAAAUAAGGGUUUCAGGCCUAGUGAAACCUCGUACUCUUUGAUGCUUCAAUGUUAUGCCAAGGGAGGCCACAUGAAAGGGAUAGAGAAGAUUGAAAAAGAAAUUAAUGAUGGUCAUAUCUAUCCUAGCUGGAUGCUGUUGACAACUCUUGUUCAGGCAAACUGCAGAUGUAGAGCACUAGAAGGUAUGGAGAGAGCAUUUCAGGAAUUACAAAAGAAUGGAUACAAAGUUGAUUUGGUUUUGUUCAAUUCAAUGCUCUCAAUAUUUUCGAAGAACAACAUGUAUGAAAGGGCCCAUGAAAUGCUACACUUGAUUCGGGAAAGUGGGCUGACACCUGAUCUUUUCACCAACAACAGCUUGAUGGAUAUGUAUGCCAGAGCAGGAGAGUGUUGGAAAGCUGAAGAAAUCCUCAAAGAAUUGCAGAAGUCUGGUGGAAAACCAGACGUUGUGUCGUACAACACUGUCAUUAAAGGAUUUUGCAGGAAAGGGCUAAUGCAGGAGGCCAUAAGAAUUCUCUCUGAAAUGACAACUAGAGGGAUUCGACCAUGCAUUUUUACUUACAAUAAUUUUGUAGCAAGUUAUGCUGCACAGGGAAUGUUCACAGAAAUAGAUGAUGUUAUGGGCUACAUGAUUCAGCACAACUGUAGACCAAAUGAAUUUACAUACAAGAUUGUGGUGGAUGGUUAUUGUAAAGCAGGACGAUACAAAGAAGCCAUGGACUUUGUGUCAAAAAUUAAGGAGAUAGAUGAUUCUUUUGAUGACCAGUCCAUAGAACGGAUAGCUUUUUGUGUUCGAGAGAAUCUAGAGUGAUUUUUGUCUGAACUUCUACUCGUAGAUGCUCUGAAGAAGCAUUCAUGGCUGGGGCAGAUGUAUUUUAGCAUGUCCAUUGGACUGUGUAGAUGUCAUUGUUUAAAACACUAGCAUAACGGAGAGAAUGAAAUUUACACUCUUGCAUUUACAGUGAAUCCGACUCUGUGAUUGAACUUCCUUCAAAUUGGCUUCAGGAGAUAUGCUAACGAGUCAGUGUGGCUAUGAAGUUUAAGGUGAGAUACUGAGAUUCUUACAAGCAUCAGCCUUUUAGAAAUGGCUCCUGUACUACAAGUGUAUGAUUUAUUAUUGUUUCACAACUCUGUUAAAUAUUUGAUUUCUUUAGCAUUACCUUGCUACUCUAAACUGGAAAAAGAUCAACACAAUGAAGAAUUUGAACAU